UGGCACACUUUUUCUCCCACGGCACCACUUUAAAGGAGAAAGCUUUCGUAAAGUGCUAUGUAAACUGGCUUUUCAAAACAGUUUUGGUUCCCUCCUAUAAUAUUAUGAAACAUCUACUUGCAGUUUAUAAACACAAAGACACAGAAAAUGCAAUCCAACGGGCGAGCCUCGUCCUUAUGUUUGCUGUAUCAUCAUUUUGCUCCAUUGCUCACUGCGAGGUUGCUAUGCAGGCUGGAGUAAACGAGUAGAUACUGGUGCCCGUAGUAUGUGGGGGAGGUUUUGCUGGCGAGAUAAACAAGCAGCCAGCCAUCGUUAGGCAUACGGCAGCAGGAACAUGGCGGCGGCAGUUAACUAUAAUGCUGUUUCACCAACCCGAAGGUCAGCGCUGGACGUAACGUACAGGAUUUAAGAGGAAACAAAACACUGUGAUAUGCAUUGAGGAUGAGUGCUGUCGGGGAAAACUCGUCGGACCCUGCCAGGUCAGAGGCUCAAAAGCGCAAGGAAUGCCCUUCAGACCUCCUGGGUCCAAGUCCCAAACGAAGCACUGAGAAACGUAACCGGGAACAUGAAAAUAAAUACAUAGAAGAGCUCGCAGAGUUGAUUUUCGCAAACUUCAAUGAUAUCGACAACUUCAAUUUCAAGCCUGACAAAUGUGCAAUCCUAAAGGAAACAGUCAAACAGAUUCGUCAAAUUAAAGAGCAAGAAAAAGCUGCUGCAGCCAAUGAGGAUGAAGUGCAGAAGGCUGAUGUGUCGUCGACAGGCCAGAGUGUUAUUGACAAAGAUGCCCUUGGACCAAUGAUGCUGGAGGCCUUAGAUGGGUUCUUCUUUGUGGUGAACAUGGAGGGGAACAUUGUGUUUGUGUCCGAGAACGUGACGCAGUACCUGCGGUAUAAUCAGGAAGAGCUGAUGAACACCAGUGUUUACAGCAUCCUCCAUGUAGGAGACCAUAAUGAAUUCAUCAAAAACCUCCUACCCAAGUCACAUGUGAACGGAGUGCCGUGGUCCAGCGAGAAUCCUCGGAGGAACAGCCACACCUUCAACUGCCGCAUGCUGGUGAACCCUCACAGUGAGGCCGAAGAGACGCAGGAUCACGAGGCACAGCAGAAAUAUGAGACUAUGCAGUGUUUUGCUGUGUCUGAACCAAAGUCCAUCAAGGAGGAGGGAGAGGAUUUCCAGUCGUGUCUGAUCUGCGUAGCGCGGAGAGUACCCAUGAAAGAGAGACCCAUGCUCCCCACGCACGAAAGCUUCACCACCCGCCAAGACCUCCAAGGUAAGAUCACCUCCCUGGACACCAGUCUGUUACGGGCCUCUAUGAAACCUGGCUGGGAAGACUUGGUGCGGAGAUGCAUUCAGCGCUUUCAUCUCCAAAACGAUGGAGACAUGUCAUUCGCCAAGCGACAUCAGCAAGAAGUGCUGAGGCAUGGGCAGGCUUUCAGUCCCAUCUACCGGUUUUCCCUGUCCGACGGGACCAUCGUCUCAGCUCACACCAAGAGCAAACUGGUUCGGUCGCCUGCUACCAACGAGCCACAGCUCUACAUGUCACUGCACAUUUUACAAAGGGAGCAGCCCAUCUGUGGCAUGACCCCUGAUCUUGGAAAUGCUCAGAAUAUGGGCAAAACCAUGAACCCCAUGAGCUCUCCCAACACAGCAGGUUCCUCCAGCACCCCCCAGGGGCAGGAUGCCACCAUCAGCAGCAACACAUCCACCUUCCCCUCCCCUGGUGGCCAGAAGGAACCCGGUGCCAUCGGCCCUGCACAGGGCCAUCGUUUUGGGUGCCCGGGAACCAUGAGCCAUUCGGCAACCAUGCAGGCGGCCACCCCUCAGGGCAGUGGCUACCCACUGAAGUUGAGCAGCCCGUCUCAGGGCAGUCCGGGCAUGCUUUCUCCACGCCACCGAGCCAGUCCCGGAGUGGCAGGAUCUCCACGCUUGCCCCCACCGCAGUUCUCCCCAGCAGGCAGCUUACAUUCACCUGCGAGCAUGUGCACUAGCAGUACAGGUGGCAAUGGGGGAGCAGGCAGUAACCAUGGUUACACAAGCAGUUCCCUCAAUGCCCUCCAGGCACUUAGCGAGUGCCACGGCGUGAGCCACAGCCAAUCGCUGGGCUCACCCGACAGGAAAUUGGGGUCACCAGCCUCAUUGGGCGUCAAUCUUCACAUGUUGAACAAAAUGGGAGCCUCUGAGUCAUUCGGAGAGCAGAACCAAUCAGAGCAGGGUAACAGCGGGCAGGAGGAUGGCAUUGAACAGCAAAGAGAUGAAAAGGGCAACCAUAGCCAGUUUAACAACCCGGAUGCCAUUGAUCCACAGAACCGGCUACGUGACAACAAAGGCCAUACUAAACUCCUGCAGCUCCUUACCACUAAAACUGAGCCUAUCGAGUCCACCUCACCCCCUCCAAUGGCUGGUGGAGAGCCCGGGUGUAAGGACCCCGCUGGCGGCCUAGGGAACGGCGGCAUGGGCGGAGCCGGGUCACAUGCUACCUCCCUGAAGGAGAAGCACAAGAUCCUUCAUAGACUUCUCCAGAAUAGCUCGUCGCCCGUCGACCUGGCCAAACUCACAGCCGAGGCCACAGGGAAGGAGCUGUGUCAGGAUUCUGCAGGUGGGGCGGCCGGUGUGGCUGAAUUAGCCAUUAAACAAGAGCCCGUCAGCCCCAAGAAGAAGGACAAUGCCCUACUGCGCUACCUACUGGAUAAAGAUGAUAAUGUACUUAAGGAUAAAGGCAAGAUGGAACCUGGAGAAAUAAAGGUGGAGGGCGGUAAGAUGCAAGGAAUUACGACAGAGAAAACUGAUGGCGGCUACGACCGUGUGGAGCCGUCCAGCGAGCUGGAUGAUAUUCUGGAUGAUCUACAGAAUAGUCAGCCAGGCCUGUUUGCAGAUUCCCGGCCUGUGUCUUUGCCUGCUGCCGUGGACAAGCAGUCAAUCAUUAAUGACAUCCUGCAGAUGACUGGAGAUGGUGGAACCAACAUGGGUCCCCAGCAACAGAGAGCACUACAGGCUGUGGGCCAACAGAAUUUUGGUGCCCCACGACCAGGUCAGCCCGGCAGAGCUCCUCCAGUCAGAAGCGUGUCUUUGGAUAUGAACAUGCCUGCUAAAGGCGCUCAGGGUCAGUACCCUCUGAUGAGGAACAACAGCCCCUACUCGCUCAUGCAGCAGCAGGGCAUGAUGGGAAACCACAGUGUUAUGCCUAAUCAGCCGAACAUGGUCAAUGCAGGAGUCAUGGGUAAUAAUGGGCCCCGUGUAGGUAUGCAGCAGGACAGUUGGGGUGCACAGGGUCCUGGUCCCGUCGGUAGCGCAGCCUCACCCGUCACAGCUGCUCCCGCCAGCCAGCACUCUCUCACACAGGGGGCGCUCCACUCUCGCAUGGUAACCAACUCUGGCGCAGGCAUGCCCAUGAGGCCCAACAGCCAGCCUGGACCAAGACAGAUGCUUCAGUCCCAGAUGAUGCCCAAUGCCCAGUCAAACAUGGACAUGGGCAUGGCUGGCCACCAGUUUCCCCAGCAACAGGCACCGCCCAAUCAGACGGCUCCAUGGCCAGACAGUGUGAUGCCUAUAGAGCCGGUGCCAUUUGGGAACCAGAACAGCUCUAUGUAUAGCGGUUCUCGGGAGGAUGUUUUGUGCCCUCCUGCUUCUGAGGGUCCGGCCGAUGAGGGCGCUCUGCUCAGCCAGCUCUACACGGUUCUCAAAGAUUUUGACGGCCUAGAGGAGAUCGACCGUGCUCUGGGCAUCCCGGCUUUGGUGGGACGGGCUCAGCCGGUGGAGCAGGAUCAGUUCCCCGGUCAGGACCCCAGUAUGAUGAUGGAUCAGAAGCCGCCCAUGUACGGCCAGCAGCAGUACACCACCUCUCAGGCCCACAUGCAGCAGGGUGGAUACACGUCCAUGCAGGACCCCAGCUUCCAUGGCAUGGCAGGACAGAUGGGGCAGAGGCCGGGCUACCCCAUGCUCCGCAUGCAGGCUAGACCAGGACUGAGGCCCACCGGGGCCGUCCCCACCCAACCCAAUGCACUCAGACUGCAGCUUCAACACAGGCUACAAGCACAGCAGAACCGUCAGCCUAUGAUGAAUCAGGUGGCUGGAGUGUCAAAUAUGAACCUACCUCUAAGACCUAACGUUCCAAAUCAGGGGACAAUCAACGCUCAGAUGCUGGCCCAGCGGCAGAGAGAGUUGCUGAGUAAUCACUUGCGCCAACGUCAGCUGGACCAACAGCGGCAACAGCAGCAGCAGCAACAACAACAGCAGCAGCAGCAGCGCAGCAUGGUCAUGCGAGCCCAGGGCCUCAACCUGCCGCCAAACAUGGCGGCGGCCACAGCAAGCAUGCCCGGAGCCAUGAGCAAUCCACGGAUCCCCCAGGCCAACCCCCAGCAGUUCCCCUAUCCGCCCAACUACGGUACAGGACUGGCCUCGCCGCCCCCCUCCAGCAGCCCUUUCUCCCCCGGUUCUCCCAACCUCCCCGCCCCCCAGCUCCUCUCCCACAACGCCAUGCAUGGCUCUCAGAUGAGUCUAGCUAACCAGGGGAUGCUGGGCAGUCUGAGCGGACAGUUUGGGGCUGUUAUGAGCCCUCAAAUGCAGCACAGUGCCUUUCAGUUCCCCAGCUCAGGUAUGAGUCAGCAGUCGGAAGGCGGGUUCGGUGGUGCCGCCACCCCUCAGAGCCCCCUCAUGUCUCCCAGGAUGGGCCACGCCCAGAGUCCCAUGAUGCAACAGGCGCAGGGCAACACCUCUUUCCAGUCCUCCCCUGACAUGAACGGCUGGACACAGGGCAGCAUUAAUCCCAACAGUAUGUUCACUCAGCAGUCGCCACCUCAGUUUGCCCAGCAGGCCGGUAACAACAUGUACAAUGGUAACGGCAUGAACCUCAACGUGCCCAUGGCCACCAAUUCAAGUAACAUGGGCCAAAUGGGCAACCAGAUGAGCAUGAGCUCCAUGAACUCUGGACCUGGGGGCAGCAUGGCCAACAUGGGCCCUGAACAGAAGUAUUGUUGACCCGGGGCAGACGACAUCCCAGUGCAGUUAACCGAGUUUAAUGAAGAUGUUUGAUGAGUGAUUUUCAGCUGCAGCGUGAUCAAGGAGAGAUUGGAGUGAUGCUGUGCUGUUUAAGCUGCUAUCAGGGCUGUACGGGUCUUUAGAGAGCCUGUCUACUGCCCCCUACUGGACAUCUCUAGAGGAUGCAUCAGGGGUACUGGAGCUCAGAGGGGAUGGACACUCUGCCUCACUCUCUUUCUCGCUCACACACACACACACACACACUGACACUUUGAUCUAGAACCCCCACGCCCCGCCCCCUCCUUCAGUCAAGCACGGCCUUCUGUCUCAUACUUACACUGCAAGCCCUUUCCGUCAGUCUGCUCCGUUGCAUUCACCGUAGUGUGACUUAGGUCUCCCCUGAAAAGACUCAGUGGCAUCGGAAUCCUUGUCUCCCAUGAAUGUAUUCCUCCCUCUCUUUUUCCCAGUCUUUCUUCCUGGUUCGUCCUCUGGACUUCAAACUCUUCUUAAAACGUUCCUUUGCCCAACCAUAUUUCUCUCUGACUUCUUUCCAAUCUGACUUUCCAAAACAGGCAAGAAGACUGCAUUUAAAAUCCACACUCAAAAUUCAGCCAUUUUGCCUUUUUAUUUUAUUUUUUAUUUUUUUCAUAGUGCAAAUAAAGAUAGAAUGAUGUUGAAAAAGCAUCUACAUAUAGAUUAUGAGAAUUCAGAUGAUGGUUUGUAAAAUUAGACUUAAUUUAGUCAAAAGGUUUAUUGUGUAAUAAAUUAAGUUUUAUUCUAAUGUAUAGUUUCUUUUUUAAUUAACAUUGUAGAUUUCUUUAUAAACCAUCGGUUAGAAAGAGAAAAAUCUCUCAGAGUCCUCAUGAAUUGCCUCAAAAUAAGAAAAACGUUCAACAUACCUAUGGAUUUUGUUUUCCUUGGUCCAGUAGUUUCAGAGAGAACGUGACUUUGUUUUGUUGUGGUUAGUAAAAUGAAAUGAUGGUGGAUUGUAAAUACCAAUAAUAGGGGGGAUUUUUUUUGUAUUAUAUUUAUUUUUUAUUUUUUAUUUUGUCUUUCAAUAUAUUUCCCCUUCCUCCCCUCAAAGUCCGGUCUUAACUUUUUCUGGAACUAAGGCGAAUUUCUCACGACGAGCGUGUUUGUUUGGCGGGAAGAUGAGGAUGCGGUGAUUCCUAUGGUACUAAGGAAGAGGAGCUGGGGUGAGGUGGUCCUUCUUUCCUGGGAGUGGGUCUGGGAGGGUUCUGUGUGUACAGUGUACAGAUACUCGCUUGCUUCUAAGCCUUUAGCCGGGAGCCCCACCGGAGGAACCCAACACAGCCAUAAACUCAACACUGAAGCGUGCUUUCUUUGUUGUGUGGAGUGACGUGCUUCACGCCAGACGCUAUAGGUACAAGGUGUGUGUAAGAAAAGACAACAAGCAAUAAACAUUACUUGAGAUUUUAUUUUAUUUUGUUUCGUUUUGUAAUUUUUGUACAGGACUUUUCAGGAGACACAUUUUUGCUCCCCGGUUCAAACUCAGUAUUAAAAUUUUUUUUUUUUUUUUUUUUUUUUUUUGGCUAUUAUUAUUGUGGUUUCUGUUUUGAAAAAGACAGAAACAAGAUGUCCAAAUCUACAUGUUCCUCAGUGAAAAGCAGGUUUUAGUUCUGGUGUAGCCAAAAAAAGAUAAAUUAAUAAAUAGGCUAAAAAAGCAGCAUUUGUGUUUUGCGUGGGUAUUCCUACAUUCACACUUAAUGUUCGCCAUCUUGAAAACCUCCGGAUCAACGGUUCCGAUUUGGAUGAGCGGUCACUACAGGCACGUGAACUCUUAACGCUGUAAUGUACGCGAUACAGUUCGUGUUUUCUAGCCUAUUUGAGGACGAAGCCAAAUUUCCUUGCCUUUGAAUUGAUCAGUAGACUUAAACACCUUUCAUUUCGUUUUCGUCUCAGGUUUGCACACGGUUUGUAUCGGGGUUAGAUUGUCAGCCUUUAGCUUUCGCUGAAAAUAUCGCCAUGUCAUCUGUGUUUAAGCUGGUGUGUAAUAAAAACAAAAAACUAAACAAAAUUAUAUAUACUGUAUGUACCAGCAGCAACUGAGGUUUGCAACGACCAGCUCUGUCAUUAUGCGCUGAAGGUGCCGUGGUUGUGUACGAAUAUACCUGGUGUCUUGGUAGCUUUGUAGCUUUGGCUUUUCCUUUUGAACACUGUAAAUACAAUUUUGAUUUCACAUUGUUUGGUUGAAACGUCACUCUGCCCACCAUUUAAAACUUUCUGUGUCCUUUGAGAAACACCUGCAUUCUCGUGUGGGAUAAAAACUUGAUUUAACAAUCGAUUUCAGUGAACCUGCUAACAUUUGUCGACUAAAUCGAGCACUCCUUUAUUCCGAGCUUUUUUGAUCACGAUUCUGAUGAAUGUUAGAUGCCUUGAACAAGGACUGCCAUCCGGAAGCAUCUACACUAUCAUAUUGGAGAAUAGCCAGUUUUGAGGUCGCACAUGUACCACUUACCCUCUGCAAAGUCCAAAGAUUGUCAAGAUUUUGAAAUUAAUAUAAGCCAUGAUGUGAAGGUGGUGCAGAGUUUUCUAGUCUUUUUAUCAGUGCUAGUGCAAAAAGAGCCAUUUGCCCUAAAAUAAAGAAAUAAAUGGAAUUGUAACGGCUAUUGAUUUUCCUAAAAUUAUCUUUACCUUACCUUUUGGGGUUUUUUUCUGAGACUUUAAAUGUCUUUUUGUAUAGUCUGCCGAUUUCUUAGAGCUAAAUGCAACAACCUUGAAAUGCUAAAACUUAGCAUAUUGCCUUAGAUCUGUUUUACUGUCUUGUAUAUUACAAAAGUUGUCUGUAUUAUAUUUGUAUAGUGAAUCAUUGACAGGAUCGACCCAGUUCAUUACUGCUCAUCUAUUGCUGGAUACAUACAUACAUACCUGUCUCUCUUCUCCAUUCCCUCACGCACCUGCACUCUCUCUCUCUCUCCUCCAGUCUCAAUAUUGCUCAUUUUCCAUGUUUUGUUUGUGAUCAGUUGUGGGUUUUAUUAUUUGUACAGUCUUGAUUUUACCUUCUCAGUUAUGUGUGAGAAUGAAGAUGAUGCAAUGGGAAAUCGAAGCAAUAUGUAAUUUAAAAGGACUUUUUGGAGAAAGCUUACAGUGUUGUGCUCCUGAGAUGUAUUUUUUUUUCCCAGUUGUGGUCACAUAAACAUCUCUGUUCAUUCGCAUCGAUGUGUGUAAUCUUAGUGUGAGCCUUUUAUGCAAAGUUAGAUAUACCGAGAGAAAUUUAAAUACAGUUAUGCAAGUUGUCACCUAAUAUGGCUUUGCUGAUGCUAUUUGAUGUUGAAUCAAACUGAAUUGUAAAUAAAGAAUUCUGUUAUUGCAACAUUUA